AGCAAAGAGAAGCAGGAAAAACAUCUCGGGCAAGAAGAAACAAACAUGUUUACACGGGACUGGUAGAAGUUUGCUCUGGAUUUGAAAAAACAGAAGAUUGGAAGAUGAGGAGGAUUUGAGGAGGAGGAGAGGAGAGAUACUGUCGGCCCUGAACCGUUCGAGGGUGGGGCUGCUCCACCACAGACAAAGACCCAGAAAGAGAGGGAGCAGAGGGGAAGAAGGGAGAGGAGGAGAGGAGGAGAGGAAGGAGGAGAGCCUGGUCCAACAUCAUGGGGUGUAACAUGUGCGUGGUCCAAAAGCCGGAGGAGCAGUACAGGUUCAUGUUCCAGGUUCGGGGGAAGGAGCUGUCGCGUUUGUCCAGAGACCCCACCCUGGAGCUGAGGGACCCCGCCCUGGCGCACAUCCUGAGGAGGGGCCCUCGCAGACGGGCCGGUCCCGCCCCCAGGGUCCUGGGCCCGGUGACCAUGGGCGUGGCCGACUGCGUGGACAGCUGCACCCAGACGGACAUCAGCUUCCAGCACAUGAUGACUCUGGGGCGGGGCCAGCACCCCUGCGGAGCUCCGCCCCCUCCCCACCCUCCUCCGUCUCCGCCCCUCCCCCCUCUGCUGGACCCCUACCUGCUCAGUGACCUGUUUGAGCCCGAGUACUACGACCCUGCGGAUUACCUCGACAUCACUCAGCACGAAGUCGACCGACCGGACGACCUGGAGUACGAGGAAGUGGAGUUGUAUAAAUCUCGACAGCAGGACAAACUCGGUCUGACCGUUUGCUACAGGACGGACGAGGAGGAGGAUCUGGGGAUUUAUGUGGGAGAGGUCAACCCCAACAGCAUCGCAGCCGUGGACGGACGGAUCCGCAAAGGAGACAGAAUCCUGCAGAUAAACGGCGUCGACAUCCAGGACCGAGAGGAGGCGGUGGCGAUCCUCACCAGAGACGACAGCACCAACAUCUCCCUGCUGCUGGCCCGGCCCGACACGGAGAACGGAAAUCAUCUGGACCAAGAGGAACGAGACCUGGAACCUCUAGACAACGCCGCUCAUUUAUCCGGAGACCAAACCGUGCGAAACAGCAACGCCAAACCGUGCAGCGGAGAGAGUGGCUCAGCAGGGGGCGCCGUAACGGGAGGACGCUCGCCCGUUCUGAUCCAGACGGUGCUGAGUAACAGUCAGGAGCUGGACAGCGGCGUCGGCCGCACAGACGAGAGCACCCGAUACGAGGAGUCGUCCGAGCACGACCUGCUGGGAGACGACCACACGAGCGCCUCCAACACCAACGCCACCAACACCAACGCCACCAACACGCCCGGGAGCAUGCGCAAGUUUAUCACCCACCGAGCGGAGACGCCGCCUCUGCUGCACUCGCACGACCUGCAGUACAGCACGGACUCUCUGCUGGGGCUGGACGGGGUCGGCGGCGGGUGGGCGGAGCCGGGGGACAGGGGCUACGGAGCGGACGCCGUGAUGAGGACCAUGAUGAUGCCAGGGCUGACGGAGGAGGAGUGCGAGAGGUACAAGGAGCUGCUGGAGAUCAAGUGUUACUAUGAGAAGAACUGUAACGGGGAGGGGGACGCGGAGGAGGGGGGCGUGGCUUUGGACGUCAACAGAAACGAAAGCCUCUCGCAGCACGAACUGGCUCUGCUGGAGGAGGAGCUACGCCACCUGGAGUUCAAGUGCCGCAACAUCCUGAGGGCGCAGAAGAUGCAGCAGCUGAGGGAGCGCUGUAUGAAGGCCUGGCCCCUGGAGGACAAGAGCCCCGGGCUGGGGGCGGGGCUAGGGACGGGACUGGGGGCGGGGCUAGGGACGGGGCUGGGGGUGGGGCUAGGGACGGGGCUGGCGGCCGGGCGUCUGGACACUAGUGCAACUCUGUCUGACAUCAACGAGAUCCCGGAGAGGGACCGCUCGGAUAAGGACAGUACAAGUGCCUAUAACACGGGCGGAGAGAGCUGCCGCAGCACGCCGCUGGUCAGUGAGCAGUAUCCCGCCAACUCCACCCAGAGCCUCCAGGGGGGCGGAGAGGCCCCCGUGUCACCUGGAGACCAGCUGCCUCCCCUCACCUGGCAACGGGCCGACCAAGAGAAUAACCUUUACUCCCCACAGUUCCACAGACGAGGAGCGGAGGCGUUUAAAGUCCGCUCUCUGUCCAGAGGCUCCGACGGAGCCGUGAAGCGCUCGAUAAAAACCAACGGGUCGUUUGAGAGGACGGGGGGGCACAGUGCGGAGAACAGCCCCUACCUGUCCCGCAGACGCACCGAGGCCCCGCCUCCUCAGCGCUUCCUGAGCUGUAUCCAGCUCAGGUCUCCGCCCACCUCCCCUCAGCUGGGCCGGUCCAGAGAGGACAGCGUGGGCAGCGGAGAGGCCAGUCCCAUGAGCCUCGGCAGCACCUGUAAAGACGCCCCCCUCACGGCGGGCACCCUGCCCCUGCCCUUGUCGCCCCGUAUGGAGUGGAAGGUGAAGAUCCGCAGCGACGGCACGCGGUACGUGGCCAAGCGGCCGGUCAGGGACCGUCUACUGAAGGCUCGGGCCAUGAAGAUCAGCGAGGAACGCAGCGGCAUGACGACCGACGACGACGCCGUGAGCGAGAUGAAGAUGGGCCGAUACUGGAGCAAAGAGGAGCGGAAGCGCCACCUGUUGAAGGCCCGAGAGCAGCGCAGGCGCAGAGAGUUCAUGAUGCAGAGCCGCCUGGAGUGUCUGAGGGAGCGUGAGAGAGACCAGACCGCCGGACAGGAGGGGGCGCCACCUCCACAGCUGCCCUCGUCCAUCCUGGAGCUGUGCCACCGCAGGAGCACGAAGAAACGCAGCCGCAGGAUCCUGGACAACUGGAUCACCAUCCAGGAGCUGCUGGCGCACGGGACACGGUCAGCGGACGGGACCAAGGUCUACAACCCCUUACUGUCCGUCACCACAGUGUAG